AUGUUGCGGCAGCAGCAGCAGCAGAAGCAGCAGCAGCAGCCCUUGUACGAGCUGGUGGGCUACAGGCAGCCCCACUCCGCCUUGCUUCCAAAGCAGACUCACGACAGGCCGGACUUCGCUCCGGAGCAGCCCCACAGAGCCGGGGCCAUCAAGGCAAGCGGCCACCCGGCCACGGCCACGAGCGAUCCGAAGAGCGAGCAGCAGCAGCUGCGCAGGAAGAUCAACAGCCGCGAGAGGAAGCGGAUGCAGGACCUCAACCUGGCUAUGGACGCCCUGCGGGAGGUGAUCCUGCCCUACUCUGCGGCGCACUGCCAGAGCUCGCCCGGGCGGAAGCUCUCCAAGAUCGCCACGCUGCUCUUGGCCAGGAAUUACAUCCUCUUGCUGGGCAGCUCGUUGCAAGAGCUGCGCCGGAUCAUCGGGGAAAUGAGCGGCUCCACCGGACCCCGGCUGCUGCUGGCCGGCCUCCCCCUCUUCGCCGCGGGCCCGGGCCCGGUGCUCCUGACGCCGGCGGGGAACGUCAGCCACCACCAUCACCACCACCACCACCCGCCGCCGCCGCCGGACAGCCUGCGAGCGGGCGCCGGCAAAUUCCUCUCGGUGGCCCUGGAGGAGCAGGCGUGCGGCCCGGCGGGCCUGCCGCCCGGCGGCGCCAGCCUCUGCACGUGCGCCAUUUGCAAGUUCCCCCACUUGGUUCCCUCCGGCUUCGGCUUAGCUGCAGUGCAGGCGCAGUUCUCCAAGUGA